AUGGGACAAUCUAACGAUGAUGCAGCUUCUUCUUUGGCUGCAAUUGAAUCAGUAGAGUCUUCUACUGGCUCGAAAAUAAACGAAAUUAAUAUCGACUUCUCGUGGUCAUCGAUAAGAAAGUACUGUUCAACAAGAUUUACAGAGCUCAUUCCUUCCAGAGAGAUGGCCAAGGCCAAUCGGCAUCUAUUGAACCCACUUCCUGGUUUGAAGAUGAUUGAGAGGCAACAGUGGUUGAUGAUUAUUUCGGCCUUUGCCGGUUGGUCUUGGGUGGCAUACGAUUUUUUCACAAUCUCUAUGAACACCACCGUCCUUGCAGAACAAUUUGAUAAAUCUGUCAAGGAUAUUACUUGGGGUAUAACAUUGGUGUUAAUGCUCAGAUCUGUUGGUAGUAUAGUAUUUGGAUAUUUGGGGGAUCGGUACGGACGGAAAUGGCCAUUGGUGAUCAAUCUAUUGUUGGUCUGCUUCUUAGAAAUUGGUACGGGGUUUAUUCAAACCUUUAAGGAAUUUUUAGCUGUCAGAUCCCUCUUUGGAAUUUUAUUGGGAGGAGUCUAUGGCAAUGCUGCAGCCACUGCUUUAGAUGACUGUCCGAUAGAAGCGAGGGGUAUUAUAUCUGGUUUCAUUCAGCAGGGUUAUACUUUUGGCUACUUGAUGGCCGUUAUAUUUACACGUGCCAUUGCCGAUAAUUCACCAAAGAAGUGGAGAGCCAUGUUUUGGUUUGGAGCCGGUGUUAUGUUUUUAAUUGUCAUUUUUAGAAGUGUAUUACCAGAGACUAAGGCUUUCUCUGAUGCUCAGAAAAUCUUUGAAUAUAAUAAGGCUCGUGGCAUAAGGCAAAAGGACUUUGGAAGUAAGGCAAGGGCAGCCUUUAAAAGUUACUGGUUGAUGAUUGUCUACCUUGUGUUUCUAAUGGCUGGCUUCAACUUUAUGUCCCAUGGUUCACAGGAUCUCUAUCCAACGUUGCUAACUGUUCGUUACUCUUUCUCUGAGGAUAAGUCAACCGUCACAAACUGUGUUGCAAAUAUCGGUGCACUCUGUGGUGGCAUUAUUAUUGCACACUUUUCCAGCUUCGUUGGUAGAAGGCUAACCAUCAUUAUUUGUUGCAUAGUUGGAGGUGCAUUGAUAUACCCUUGGGCCUUUUUGGAUUCAGAUGCCAUUAAUGCAGGAGCAUUUUUUCUGCAAUUUUGUAUACAAGGUGCUUGGGGUGUGGUUCCAAUUCACCUAUCAGAGUUGGCACCACCUUCGUUUAGAUCAUUCGUCGUUGGUGUAGCAUACCAAUUGGGUAAUUUGGCAUCUUCUGCUUCAUCUACUAUAGAAAGCACCUUGGGGGAAGAUUUUAUUACGAAAUCUCCCAGCGGUAAGCGGAUAUAUGAUUAUGCUAAAGUGAUGGCGAUAUUUGUUGGCUGCGUAUUUGUAUAUGUAAUUUUCAUUACCUUUGUGGGGCCUGAGCGUAGAAAUGCCUCAUUAAAAAUGGAAGAAGAGGUAAAAGGCGACCAAGCAGAUGAUAUCUCAGAAAAGUUCGUAACCGUACAUGGUCUGGAUGAUGAGGAAGCCAACUCGUGCUCUAACGACUAA